ACACAAUAAAUAGUGAAAAGUCUUAUUUUGUACACAGCGUACACAAAUAUUAAUAAAAACGCAAGUAUUUUUAUCAACAAAUUUACUGCGUUUUUGGAAAGCAUGAGCGCGUCAAGUGAAGGUGGAGCAGGCGGUGCGGUGGGUGGCAGCGCUGGAGGUACAGCUACGACAACGGCGCCUGCACAUUCCACAGUUGCCGCCAAGAUAACGCACGUGAAGGCAGACGGCGGCAUUUCCAUAACCGGAACGCCCAUCAUUAGCGGCGGCACCAUUAAAGUGGCCACCGGCGGGAACACUGUGCAGACAUCGCUCAGCGGCACACCCAUUGCCUUGAACACUGGCCAGGCCACCACUGCUGCCUCCAUACGAGCCAUUGGCGCCGGCGGCCAAUCGACCCAGGUGCGCGUCGUCAUGCCCAUGAUCAAGCAGCUGGAGAAUGUCACGGCCACGGGCCGAACACAAAUCACAGCCAUACCGGCGACACCAGCUCGCAGCGUCUCGAAUGCAUCCAUCACGGUGACACGGCCAGUUACACAGGCCACCUAUUUGCCGCGUGCCAGCGUCACGGCCACCCAGAUGAGCGGCGUGGGCGUGACGGGCGCCCAACGACUUGUCACGCCGUUGCGGGCGACAUCCACGGCCAGCGUCAGUCCGGCGCCCACGGGGCUCAGUAGCACGGGUAAUUUUGUGCGCACCUCACAGCCCUCCACGGUCAUCUCGUCGGCCAAUAGUCCCGCUACGGCGGCCUGGAUGCAGAGCAACACCGGGCAGGUGCAGCUCAUACGUGCUAUUCAUCAGCCCAGGCAACGCAUCAUUACCACAUCAGCGGGCGUGAGCAGUGCCAAUGUUUCCACGACAGCCACACCUGUUCAGACGCCAACAUCUCUUACCGUUUCUGCGGCACAGCCGAUGCCGCCGCAGCAAUCCGGACCCACGGGCAUACCUCAGGCUUAUGUGGCAACCGUGCUGCCACCGCGCCAGCACCAGGCGACGCUUGUCUAUUCCUCGAAUGUGUCAGCUGCCGGCUCGCCCAACACGAUGCCAAAUCAGCAGUUCAAUCCUCGCUUCGCCGUUGCCACGCCCAUUGGCAGCGCUACGAGCGUCGCUGGCGGCACGGCCACAACACCGGGCGGCACCACCGUGACGCCACGUCAGGUGCGUCCCAUACCGUUGGGCAAAAGCUUUCCGGCCACCAAGCUGAACACGACCAGCAUUAGCAUUCGAGCGCCCAGCAUACCGCAGCUGAACUCCAACGUUGCUCCGCCCACGCCAGUUAGCGUCUCCGGUGGCGUCACAGUGGCAGGUCGCGGACCUGGUGGCACUGGCACAGGAACAAACGUGGCGCCCGUUGCCCUAACUGCCGCAAAUUUGCCCACCACACGGAUCAUUCAGCUGCAGCAGCCGGCAACUGGCGGCGCCCACCAAAUCAUUGGCUCCACCACGCGUCUGGCUCCGAAUGUCAUGUUGCAGCCCUUCCUCAUGAGCACCAGCGCGGCGGCCAAAAUGGGCAUUCGACCGCCGGUUACAAUGACCGCCAAGGUGCAGCCUUCGCUGACCAUUACGCAGUUGAAUCCGAUUGGCAAACUUUCGACGGCAGGCGGUGCUGGUGGGCCCACAAUGGCGCCGCAAGGCGUGGCCAGCAUACAGGCGGUGCCGAGUGUAUCGGCCAGCGGCACGCCCAGCUCCGUGUCGGGUGGCAGUUCAGCAGCUGUGGCCGCUGCCGGCGGCGCCACGGUGCUGCCUUUGACCAUUGGCGGACGUGGCGGGCCCGCCAGCAACAUUUUGACGGGUACACUGACGCCCAUCAAAAAUGCCAGCGGCAUAACUGUGGGCAAAAUGAUGAUGACACAGUCAGCCGGUGUGGAUGUGGCAACCAGCAGCGGAAUGACGCCCACGGGCACAGCGACCAACGUAUUCAUACAGCAGCGCAGCGGCGGAGGCAGUGGCGUUAGCGUGUCAGCGACAGCGGGCACUACUGUGGCUACAUCCUCGGCAGGCACAUCCUUUUUGCCGCCGGGCAGCUCGGCCAUCUACUAUGAGUCUAUGCCAGCCUCGACGGGCGUGCUCUCGCUGACCACCACGACGGUCACCCAGAGCACCCAUACGCAUGGCCAGAGUCAUGCACAAGCGCAGGCACAGGCCCAAUUGGUGAGCAGCAGUGGCGGCAGCAGCCUUUCCGUUGCCUCGCUGCCCUUUGCCAGCCAUGCGCAGCAAGUGGGAACCGGCGGCGGAUCCACAGCCACAUUUACGGUGCUGCCAUCGUCGGCAGCGGCAGGUGGCAAUCGCACCAUUGGACAUCAGCAGCUCAUCAUACCGGCGGGCGCUGCGCAUGCAGCUGGUGGACCACCUCAGCACAUGGUCAUACCAUUGCACACAUCCGUCAAGGUGACAACCGGCGCCGUGCCAACAACGACCGGCGGCGGCGCCACAGUAAGUGCAUUACCCAUGCCGGUGCCGGUGCCGGUCGCGGCAAAUACACUCGUUUCGAGUUUCAUGCGCAAACGCGAUGCCGAAGGCUCGCCCAUACGUGGUGUCAAGAAUUUGGCGCCCACGCUGCUUUCCAUGAGCAGCAAUAGCAACGCCUCCGCAUCGGUGGGUAAUGUAACUGCAGUGAAUCUGGCUGGUGGCUCGGCCUUUAAUUUACAGCCAGUCACAGUGACGCCGGCGACGCAACCACCGACAACAACGGCGGUCAGCUCAGCCCUAACUGUUGAGGCACUGGCCAAAAAGGAACGUGAGCGUGUCAGUUCCGCCGCCGCUGCAGCGGCAGCAGCAGCUGGUGCAUCCUCGGCGUCCACAGCGUCCAUGUCGACAACAGCGGGUAGCAUUGUAAGCACACGAAAUGUGCGCGCCGAAUCGCCGGCUUCUUCUGAUGGUUCCACCACAGUCUCGGCGAACUCUUCGCCCGGCGUGGAUCAGCAAAUGCAGGACAGCAAUCUGUCCAUUAACCGAAUUGGCGACGAACCCGCGGGAACUGCAGGGCGCGACAAUGCCACACACUUUAAUCCCAUAAAUGAGCUGUACUCGUCUCAUCAGUCAUCGAAUGUGUCGCAUCCAACGCUGGGCGCACGUGGCAGCGGCGUUGCUAGCGCCUUUGUGGAUGUACCACAGCAGCAGGCAUCGCAUCUGGUAACAACACAAGCAACCACACUGACGGCGAGCCAAUUGCAGCAGGCGCGCAUGAAUGGCACCGGCGGAAGUGGCAGCAAUUCCGAUUACGGCUUGGCGCGCAAGAAACCGCGACGAUCCACCAACGAUAGCCAGCACUCCAAUCAAAGCCAGGCAUCGUUAUCACUGUCCCUGCCACCGCCAAUGGGCAGCGUAAGCAGCCUCAGUAGCAGCACCACGCAAGAGGCAGCAUCGACUUUCAUGCAACAGCAGCAGCAACACAACAACGGCGGCCUGCUGGUAACGGCCGCUGGCAGCGCAGCCACCACGCCCAAUGCCAGCGCUGGCGAUGUGAAUAAUCAUCGUGUGGCUGGCAGCGGUGCGCCGGCCGUGGCUGGCAACAAGGAGAACGCAAAUCCUGUGGACUUUGUGCUGCGACGUCCGCGUAAUUGUGCGCUGCUCAAUACAUAUAAGCCGACACACAAGCUGGCAAACAAUCAUUUCCAUCGAUACACGGACGUAAAGCCGCGCGAUGAGCGACGCGCCACAGUCAUUGAUUUGGCCAAUCAACCGAAUGUUCAGAAGAAAAUUAGCGGCUGGAAGAUUCAUCAUUUGCGCUCGCAAAUGGAGGAUUUGAAUGAUUCGGAAAUGGUUAGCUUAAGCCAACUGGAAACCAUGUUGAAGGUACUCGAAAAGGACAAAGACAAACUCGGCGAAAUAGAGCGAAUUAGCGAGCUUUUAAAGGGCAACAUACAACGUAGCAAGAUCAUAACCGACGGCAUCAACGAGGCCCAAAAUCAGUUAAUGAAGAUCUUUGAUCACAAACCUCACGUCUCGGACAUAAUCAAUCGUUUGCAAUCGAAGCGCAAUUUUAAGAAACGCGAGAAACUAUAAUUAUGCUGAGAAUGUUAAGCGAAUCGAAGCUUACAACGACACGUUGCGCCUUUAGCUAUAUAUUCAUAUAUUGAUAAGUUUGUAUAUUGCCUAAGAUAACUAUGUACGUCAUUAGUUUUAAAGUAAUUUAAUUUUUACGCAUAAAAGUUUGUAGAUAAAACUUUACAAAAAAACAGAAAACUAAAGAAGAAAUCACACAAAAUAACUACACAAUUAUAAUUAAGUAUGUAAUAUUUUUUCAAGU